GCAUUGCGUGGCCAUGGCAUGCAUGUGGCUCAGUCAUGGCGAACUUUUAGUGUACAUGUGUGGCUGGGUUCAUUGAUCGUCACCUUGGUUAUUUCAAAUGCACAGCCGACCGUCACAAGCAUAGUGCUCGGUAUUUUUUCUCCUCCAGCCUGCUGAGCACGCAGCCGCCGCACCGGAUGCAUGAUGGGGAGCAAAAACGCAACAAGUGGGACGUGGUGGAACUGCAGAAACGCGCAGGUGUCAUUGUCGUCCUCGUUGUGGCUUUGCUGGUGCCAAUGUGGAGGUCGCCACCGUUCUGCCACGCAGUGCUCUGCAUUGUUUUGGCUGGAGGAUGUUUAGAAUUUUGGUGGGCAGCUUGCAGUCACGCAGUUGGGACACAGGAAUACAUUCUCUUGACUGUCCUGUUCCUCGGAUGGUUCCUGCCAUCGUUGGCUGGCUUGCAAGUGUACCAAGAUGUGGUCGGGCACAAGUGUUUGGUGGAAUGCCUUGUGAUCCAAUUGGCGGUGGGUGACUCAGCGCAGAUGCUGGUUGGGCGCAGCAUGGGGCGACACUAUGCGUGCCCAACAAUCUCGCCCAAGAAAACAUAUGAAGGUUAUUUGGGUGGUGCUGCAAUCACCUUACUGUAUGCAUCAGUCGUCCAUCGGUGGCCCAGUUUGAAUGUCAUCGUGGCCUACACCUUUGGUUGCAUCGGGGAUUUGUACUUCUCGGUGGUAAAACGCCGCCUGGGAAUCAAAGACUACUCGCGACUUCUAUCCUCCCAUGGUGGCCUGCUUGAUCGCUUCGAUUCCUUCAUCUUCGCCUCCAACGCGCUGGUCUGGAAGGCGGUGCUCUUCGGCUACAGCUGACGGUGGGCGGUGCGAGGCGCCUCCGAGGACGCGGUACGGGCGGCGAGUACGUACGCGGUUCCGAGUGCCGGGAUCACCUCACAAUCCGAGUAUCAGCAAAUUCUGAGUGGACGAAGGAUUGUCAAAUGACUUCUUCGGCAAACUUGGCAGUUCCUGGGUUUGGUCCUGGUGUUAGGCAUUUGAAGCCGGUCUGAAUGGAAUUGGCUUCGGUACAGGCUCGUGACACCAAUUGAG